CCCGACUCACGUGGCCCGGAGCUCAGCGGGGGUUGGAGCCCAGGUAGCGGGGCUGGGUGAGGCCGCUAAGUUUGCUUCCUGCGUUCCAAGACCAAGAGCCCCCGCGACUGUCGCACAGGUGCCCUCCGCCUAGGUCGGGAUGGAGCUGCCAGCCGUGAACCUGAAGAUGAUCCUCCUGGUUCACUGGCUGCUGACGACCUGGGGCUGCCUCGUGUUCUUGGGCCCCUACGCCUGGGCCAACUUCACCGUCCUGGCCUUGGGGGUGUGGGCCGUGGCUCAGCGGGACUCCGUCGACGCCAUAAGCAUGUUUCUGGGCGGCUUGGUGGCCACCAUCUUCCUGGACAUCAUCCACAUUAGCAUCUUCUACCCACGGUACGGCCUCACGGACACGGGGCGCUUUGGCGCCGGCAUGGCCAUCCUCAGCCUGCUCCUCAAGCCGUUUUCCUGCUGCCUCGUCUACCACAUGUACCGGGAACGCGGGGGUGAAUUCCUGCUCCACGCUGGUUUCCGUGGACCUUCACAGGAGCACAGUGCUUACCAGACGAUUGACUCACCAGAGGUACCCUCAGACCCUUUGGCAGGCCCGGAGACCAAGGGUCACACUCCCCAAGGGUACUGAAGCCGGACGUACUGGGCCAGGCCCCAGCCCAGGGGCCAGGUUGACAAACCGCAGGGGAGGUCCAGGCUGCGUCACCUUCCUCAUGCCCUGGACGCCGUCCCAGGGCUGCUCCUCACUCCCCUUUCUCGGACCUAACAUGCAAUGUGCCUUCCCGUUCCCCAUCUCAGGGUUGCCUGAACGCCUCUGUGCACACACCUGUCCCCAGCUCCCUGAGGCCUCCCCUUCCUUCCAGGUAUCCCACUGGUCCGAGGCUGCGAACCAUGGUCUCUUUCCUCAGCUCUCCCCCUAGCUGCUCCGUGCAGGCCCCAGGUCAAGGCCUGCCUGAGCCUGGCAGGGUCCAACUCUUGGGGCUAGUGACGCCCCGGCCCCAGGGCUGCCCCCUCGGUUGUCAAGCCCUCCCACUGAAGCUCUGUGACCUGCCAGUUGUGCCCAGCCCCAGGAGCUCUGGGUUGAGGUCCUUUGGCUUCUCACUGCCUGGUCACGUGGUACCUGGGGACCCCAGGACUGGAGGCAGAGGUAUCUGUAGCACCCGGCACCCACCAUGGCAUUAAAGUUUGGGGAAUUCUGUA